AUGGAAAAUACGAAGCGUCUGAAAAGUCUGGAACUUAUCCUCUGUCGACCUCAAAUCAUCCAACGCAUACUACAUUACCUCACUCUCAACGAGUGGUUGAAUUUCGUGAGUGCUUUUCCCAGUUGGAACUACUGUUUCCCUCACGAAAUCCUCCUUUCUGAAAAUGGCUCACCAACUCUUUUAUUCCUUCUUCGACGACAUCUCAUUCAACAUAUCCGCACACUCCGCCUCACAAGCCCAGGUCCAGUAGCUCAAGGUGGAGCAGUCGGUAGCAUCCAAAAAUGCAUCCUUUCCAACCCUUUUGCAUUCUCGCGUCUUCAACGACUGGACCUUAGUGUCCAGAUGCAACCUAUAGACCGCCUACUAGAAAUAUUCACAACACCCGCUUUCCCUCAACUUCGAUACCUUUCAGUUCGCCCGACAGAACCGGAUUCCAGUGAUAAUUUGUUAACCAGACAAGCCCCAAGCAUCUUCGUCCCCCCACGGCUGGAGGUGAUGAAGUGCCACUUAACGUGUUCCCUAGUAGACGAAAGAGGAGAAUAUAUUCGUGUUCUCUUAAAACUUAUGCAGAACGUCGUUCAUUUAACAGUCUGUGAGAGGAUGGUCGGCAAAACUCCUUGGUCGCAGUAUCUAAGACAGACAGGGCCUUUUAGAAACCUUGAAAGCCUUCAAACUGAUGCUAAGAGCGAUCUGCUCAAUGCCGUGAACGAAAUGCUAUUUAUUAACGAGGCGUCAUUCUUCCCCAAAUUAAGGUCUGUUAACAUCGGGACUAUGUCCAGCCUUAAGACAUUAACAACAUUUAGCAGGAGAUUUUUGAAUCCUCUAGAGAUUGCCUUUUCUGGAUUUGGGCAGCCAACAGAAGGGAUGUCAUCGGCCGCGAGUAAUCAAGUAAUUCAAGUUGGCCGCAGCAUCCCUGUCGGAAGGGGGUUGCUCAAGCUUGAGCUUAUUUUCUUUCCCGAUAACAUAAAUUACUCCACUUCUUCAGCGGUUUCCCUUAUGAGUCAAUUCGGUCACCCAGUUUCGACCUUAGUCGUGACCGUGCAGCAUUUGGUAAUACCCGAAAGCCACAUCGAAUAUAUCGAUUUCCUAAGGCGAUUUAAGGCUCUUUGUCGCGAACACUUAUUUCCGGUCCUUAAACGUUCAAAGCCUUCACUGAAGGCACUUGAGCUUCCUGUCGAGUUAAUCGAUUCUAGAAGCGUUGAUGCAGACUUUGAAGCAUUCUUGGUUUUCCAGCGUGGAAUGUACCCUUCAAUAAAAUCUGUUUCAAUCACAUCUCCACCAACCUUCCCCUUCUGCAACCGAUCCAGGUGGCACUCCUGUCAUUGCCUCGAUACUAUUCCGCAUACACUGCCAUUAAAAAAUAUCUGUGGGCUUUUCUGCAGUCUUGAAGAACUUGUCCUUGCAUCGGACAGCCACCUAGACCCAGAUGACCUAAGGGAGGUUGCACAUGUUUGUCCUGAGCUGAAACGUCUUUAUAUCUAUCGAUGGCCGGUUUCUAUGGAGACGCAUGCUCUAGCUAUCCAGGAAAUCCUCUUAUCCUGCAGUUUGGAAGUACUUUGCUUAGUUGUUGACUCAUUGCGAAUUCAGAGUGGACCAAAUGCACGUCUACUUUGCCCGCGUUCGUGGACCCUGAAAUACCUCUAUAUUGAUUGCAUCUAUCAGCCUUUUCUAAGCAAGGAGGAGUUUGGUCAAUUAGUCAGGUGGCUGCCGAAGGCAAAUUGGAUUACCAUUGCAAAUCGUGAGGCCUCUAGAUGUCUGGAAUUUCGUCGGAGCAGGACGGCAGAAACAAUUUGUGAAAUGCGGCUGGACUCAGGCCGGCGAGGGAAGGAGCCAAGGUCAUUCGCACCAGAACUCUACGACGUUGUUUGGAAGGGAGAAGAAAAGAUGAAGUAUUUCGUUGCUGAAUGGUGCCACCCUUGUGAAGCCUAG